GAGUACUGACCCCAUGCGGACCAGACUCACGUUGGCCUGCAUUACAAUCGAGCAGAUUGUGAAUAAGCGUGCCACUCUGAGCCCGGGAUUAUGCUGAAUGCCAAGUUCGCCAAACGCCAACUCUACUGGUCAAAAGAGCUGCCGUAGUCUGCAACAAGUGCGUGAAGGCUGCCGAGCUCCUUAGGCGCCCAUCAAGAUGACAGCUCCAUCGACAGGCCUCAUCGAAGGCCUUCGAGUCGAAAUUGCCAGCCUGGGCAUCGGAACUGUGAUGUUCAACGGCAAGACGGGCUUCUCAAUAGGCAGUUGGGUCGGGAUCUGCUUGGACGAACCGAACGGCAAGAAUGAUGGCUCGGUCCACGGGAGAGUCUAUUUCGAUGCGCCGCCAAACCAUGGUGUCUUCGUACGGCCAAGUCAGGUGCACGUGCUACCCGACGAUAUGCAGAAUCCUCGGCCUCCAAGCAGUUUCGGGGAUGCAGCGUCGGAACACGAAAUUGACCUCGAACAAAUUCAAGUCGGAUGUAGCAAAGAAGGCGAUUUGCUACGGGAAAGCCCUCCGCCGCCAGCUACCCCCCGAGGCCCCAUGCAAACUGCCACAAACUCAUUGCGAUCGCUCAGCCGACAGGCCAGUGCCCCUCGCAGGAGCGUCAGUCCGACAAAGACCUCCGCACCUUCCAAGGCGUUGAUGACUCCUGGUCUGCGACCGAGAGGCUCAAUAGCUUCGGGGUCUUCCGCGCCGACUACUAGGCCUCCUUCGACAGCUCCAAGGAUCGCUUCUCCUAUCAACUUAUCCGCUGCCCGCUCAUCGGUCACGACACCCGUCUCACGCCUAGCUCCCGGUGGUCGCCGAUCGCCCACAAAGCCAAGCACGGGUCGUCCCACGCCAUCAUCCCGACCGAUGUCGGCUCUUUCUUCAGGCGCGAGGCCGUCAUCUGCAUCCUCGUUCUCAGCUGCCCGAGGAGCGACGUCUGUGUCCACGCCUGCUUCCAGGACCGCGACCCGGCCCGCAGGGGUCACAACAGCCGGUGCAACCAAAGCUACACCAAGUACGUCAGUGGCAGCACGCUUGCGAGCGACACAACCAGCAGCACCGGCGACAACAAAUGCAGCGCGUGCAGCACUUCGCCCUGUUCCGACUGCGCGACCUUCCAUGCGACCCGUCCCCGCCGUUGGUGUUACAUCCAGAGCAAUUGACGGCGAGAAGAGUACUGCAAGAUCCAAGCCUCGCGCUGCGCCGCAGUCCCGUCCCCCACUAUCAGCCCCACUGCCCAGCGCACGCAGCGCUGUGUCUGCUGACAGAGAGUCAGAGUCCGACUUUGGCAUGGCAUCACCAAGUCUGCGAAAAGCUGCCGCCCUGCGAGCCGCAUCGAGGCAAAGCUAUGUCGAUGGCGACUUGCUCUCAGAUCACGUUCGCUUAGAGGAUGCAGAGGACUUAAUGGACGGGUCAGUCCAGGAUGACGAACAGUUUAGGCGAGAUUCGAUGGAUGCAGAUGCAGAGCUCGACGGUGAUGACACACUGGGGCUGCUCUCGACAAGCGAGCGAGCCGAUUUCACUUCUUUAGAAAGCAGACAGCGACAACUUCGAAUGCUAGCAGAUUCUGGUAUGCAGAAGGAGCUGACGGAUCUGCGUAAGAAGGUCACCCUACUGGAGAGGCAGAGGGAAGAUGAUCGAGAGAAAAUGAAGGAGCUGAAACAGUACAAGGAAGAUGCGGACAAAUUCUUGUCACAAAAGCCGAAGAUGACAGAACGCUUGCAGGACCUGGAUCAGGAUCUCCGCAACUACGAAAAAAUGGAGAAGGAGUGGCUUGCUCAAAAAGAUUCGUACGAAUUGCAAAUCCAGGAUUUGCAAGAACAACUCGAGAUGUCGACCCUGGACAAGGAGAUGGCCGAAGAGAGAGCUGAUGCUGCAGCUGAGGAGCUAGCGCUAGAGAAAGAGCGCGCAGAUGAGCUGCAGAUCGAUCUGGAAGUUCUGCAGGAGCAACAAGCUGCAGCAGCAGCACCUGAGCUUGCCGAGCCAAGAGCUGAGGGAGAGGAGCGCGACGAGUCUGAAAAGCCAUCGGCCACCAUCAUUCAACUGGAGAGGCAGAACGAACGACUCAAAGAGGCUUUGGUUCGCUUCCGUGAUAUCACCAACGAGAGUGACACAGUGCAAAAGCGCAAGAUCGCAGAAAUGGACAAGGAGCUGGCGGCGCUUUCGAAUAUUCAAGCUCAAUAUGAGACUGCUUCAGCACGUCUUGCUGAUUCAGAAACUCUGAUUGAGGAUCUCAAGUUGCAGCUUGAUGACGCGUUGCAUGCAGAGGAGAUGCUGGAGGAACUCACAGAGCGAAACCUCAGCUUAAGCGAAAAAGUAGAAGCAAUGAGGGCCAUCAUUGAAGACUUGGACGCUCUGAAGGAGCUCAAUGACGAGCUUGAAGAGACACACAUCGAGACCGAAAAGCAGCUGCAAGAGGAAGUUGACCUGAAAGACAUGCAGCUGCGCGAGCAGCGCGUUCGCAACGACACUCUGAAUGCCAACAUUGCUGAUUACGAGACGACCUUUGGCCAGUUCCGCGAGCUUAUCCUGAACUUACAAAGCGACCUGGAGACCCUGCGGACUGAACGAGCACAGGUCAGGGACAGAGAUGAGCAAGGUGCUGGUGGCGACCUCAACAGUCAGAGCCAGGCAAUGCUCAAUCUCAACAUGAAGCUGCAAUCGUCAGUCUUAAAGUCGCAAGCAAAGACAAUCGAUCUCGAGCUUGGCAAGCUGGCCGCAUCGCAAGCUCAAACGAAUUUGGACAUUAUUAGGCCCUACUUGCCGAGCAUUUUCUUCGAGCAGGACGCAGAUGCAGUGAACUCUCUGCUCUUCUUCAAACGCAUCGGGCACAAAGCCGACGUCAUCAAAGUCGUCGUCGAGACGAGUCAUGACAUUCAAAACCAGCUAGCUAGCGGUGCAUCAGAAUCUCUGAUCGCCGUGUGCCAGAUGCGUCAUUCGCUCGCGCACUUCUCGGCGCUUUCGAAACAGAUCGCUGCCAUGAUCGGUCAAGGGACGACGGAGACGUUCCUCAAAGCAGGGCGAAUGUUCAGAGAGUUGCUGUCGAUCGAGAAGCGCGUCGACAUGUACAUCGACGCACUGCGCAAGGAGGAGCUCAAGGAAACAGAGUGCGCGUCCGACUUUCAGCGCUUCAUCCAUCAGCUCGAAGAAUUCUCCUUUACUGUCAGCGAAGAUGCUGGCGACGCAGACCUGUCAGCGAAAGAAGUCGGCAGUGCCACUCUCUUUGAGCACGAUCUGGACACGCUCUACGCCGCGCUAGGCUUCACGAAGCAGACUCUAGCAGCCCUGCACGUCGAUGCCAGUAUUGAAUGGGAGCUGGGCGGCAAGACAGCUGACGACGCGAUCUUCACACCACUUCAAACACUCAUUGACAAUUUGAAGGCUGCCAAGGUGCCAGCACGAAAGCUCUUGCGGCGCCUCGAAGUCCUAUAUUCCAGUAACGAAGCUGUCAAGAUGGAAGCUAUAAUGGCGCUGCCUGGUUUGGGCCACACCAGCUCUCAGCUUGUGACGUUUGCCUCCCAAUUGGCGGUCAAGUCGAAUGCCUAUGUUCACGAGGUCCGCACCGCCAAGAUGCCUUUCAUGCUGUCGACCUUCUUGCGCUUGGUAUCCGACGCGACCAGUGAAGGCUUGUCCAUGAGUGACCAUGAGCCAUGGGAGACUUCUUUGACCUGGACUGUUCAGCUGGCCAGCAAGGUCUCCUCCCUCUUGAGCACAGCUUUGGAACAUGAGAACACUAUCUCAAUUGUCGGUGACGGACCAUGGAUCGCGCGUGUUCUACAGGUCAAGGCCGACGCGUCGCGCAACCUUGACGUGGAGCGGCAGGUCGCAAAGCUGCAGGAUGAGGCCAGAGAUCUGUAUCGUGAAAUCAGGUCACGAGACGAACGCUUGCAGGAGGAAGCCAUCAAGGUCGAAAGACUUGGUCGUCAGCUGAAGGCAAGUAAGGAACAGGCUGAUCAGAUCCUCAGUUUGCGCCAUGACCUUGGGGAGACGCAGAAACAGUCCAAGGCCUAUCAAGAGGCCAACGAGACGAUGCAAGGCGACAUUGACAAUCUGGAGAAGCUUGUACAACGACUGCAGAAGCAGCUGCCUUCCGCACAGGCAGAACAGACCGAAGCCGGAAACGCCAGCAACCGCAUUGAGGACAUGCCGAACCUUGCCGGAGCCAACUACGAAACAGCAUAUCUUGUGGAUCAAUUGAAGUCACUUCGCGGAGCUGUCAAGUACCUCGUCGGCGAGAACGCCUAUUUGAAGAGUGUAGAUUUGCUGCGCGAGUUUGCGUUACUUCCGCCGCUGAACUCAGUAGCUUCAGAAGUGCAAGAGGAAAGCGCAGCUUCCCGAAGGAAGGAAAAUGGUGUGCCAGUACCCUUAGAUGCGGGUGACAACGACAUCCCCGAUCUGCACUCAGCCUUACUCAGGGUUAAGGCGCUUCGCAGCAAAGCGCUCCACAUGGCGGCCUCACCGAAACUCACUGACAUUUCCUUCAGAACGGCGUCGAACGAAAGCGCCGCGCCGAAGAAAUGGACGCCAGCCGCACUUUCGCCCGCACAUCAAUAUGCCGCACAAAGGCGAGCCAUGCUACAGGUGCAAAGGGAUGUGCAGAAGCUUAACGACAAAGUGAAGCGUCGCUGGGUCACACCGCGCGCGCAUUCGAUGGAGCACACCCUUCUGCUCGGCGGGUUUGCAUAAGGACGUUGUCAUGAGAUUGAGACACACCUGUACCAUACACAUUACAAUAUGCUACAUUAUUGCAC